CGCGCGGCGCAGCCGUGGUUGCCGUGGCAACGGGGCCCUUCCCCUGAGGGCGGCGCGCAUCAUGGCGGCGCCCCUGCUGAGCGCGGCCCUGCGGGGAGCCCGGGCCUUCGGCACCGCCGCUGCUCUCUGCAGGCGGGCGGCCCCGCUGGGCCCGAUGCCGAACGAGGAGAUCGAUGCCGGCAACUUGGAGGCGCUGGAGAAAUACCGCAGCUUCACUCGGUACUUCAGGCAGGCGGAGAAGGAGGGCAGGAAGGCCCGGUGGUGGAAGACCUACCGGCAGUACGCCAGCCCCGAGCCAGAGCAAAAGACUGACAUCAGCCUGCCACAUGGGGAGCUGUUGAAGGAAUAUAAGGAAAGAAAAAAGAUCCUGAAGCAGAACCACCAAAACGCCGAGAUGGAAAGAGCAGCACGGCUCCGGACUGGUCUGUGCCCCGCUGCUCCCCGACCCAGCUGCUCCCUCUCCCAGCAGCUCCUGCAGCGUUUCUCUCUCUCCGCAGCACUCAUCCCCCUCGACGAGGUCAGAGCAGAGUGGGAGAAGACCAGCGGCCCGUUCCACAGGCAGCGCCUGGCAGAGUAUUAUGGGAUAUUCCGCGACUUGUUCCAGAAGGGCACCUUCACCCCCUGGGUUAGCCUGAGAGUGGAGUACAGCCAGGAAGAUGAGCACCUCGUGCCGGUGUACUACGGGAACAUGGUGACUCCGACAGAGGCUUCCAAUCCCCCUGAAGUGUCAUACGAGGCAGAUAAAGGCUCCCUCUGGACUUUGUUGCUCACAAAUCCAGAUGGACAUUUGAGAGAGACUGACGCGGAGUACCUCCACUGGCUGGUGACAAACAUCCCAGGCAACGACAUCAAGGCGGGCAAGGAGAUCUGCCACUACUUGCCCCCCUUCCCCGCCAUGGGAACUGGCUACCAUCGCUUCAUCUUCCUCCUCUUCAAGCAAGAACGCCCCAUAGAUUUCAGCGAGGACGUUCGGCCGACGCCGUGCCACAGCCUCAAGAUGCGGACCUUUAGCACGUUUGACUUCUACAGGAAGCACGAGGACAGCAUGACCCCAGCGGGGCUGGCGUUCUUCCAGUGUCAGUGGGACAGCUCCGUUACUUGGGUCUUCCAUCAGCUUCUCAAUAUGAGAGAGCCCGUGUUCGAAUUUGUGCGGCCGCCCGUUUACCAUCCUCCACAGGUCAAGUUCCCGCGCCACCAGCCUCUGAGGUACCUGGACAGGUACCGGGACACCAAGGAGCCCACCUACGGCAUUUACUAGCCGCCUCGUCGCCCCGGUGCCCGCUGCAAGCAGGCCCGGCAGGUGGGGCUGCUGCCUUCCCUGCCUUCACACAGCUCCGUGGGCCGGAGAAGUCUGCACCUCUAGAGGGAGACAACAAAAUCCCGGUCCCUUGGCUCCGAGUUCCACUUUGCUGGCAGUGCUGGGAAGCGUGCAGCUGAGGGCAACAGGCAGUCGGUGCUGGCAGCCGCAUGGGAAGAAGGCUAUUUGAGAGCACGAUGGAAAAUAAAUCCAGGCUGCAGUCUUGCUACUGGUUCUGUAGCAGAGCUGAUGAGGAGCAGAGGCAGAACAGAGUCCCCCAGAAAUGUCCCGCCUGGCUUCUCCGGAAGGAUCACGGUUCUCCUUUUGCCUGUUUAUGAAAAAUAAGGUUAAACCAACCUGCAUCUCCUUCCCUUAUCGGUGCUGCAGUUCAGGACCGUGCCAGCUUUCAUUUCAGCGGUCCUGUGAAAGAGAUGAGUCUGAUUAAACACGCUCUGAGCGACGGUG